AUGCAUUUGAAUACCGAGCAGGAGGAAGAUCGUCUUCAAGAUUCUGGUGAAACAUCAAUAGACGUUGCUGAAGAAGUGGUCGAGUCCGAAUCCAAAUCAUAUACGACAGACACAUCUGUCAUCAUUAAACAAGAACCUCCUGAAGAAUUGCGAGUGGAAGAAUUAAAUGAUCAGAAAUGGAGAAGUCCUGUGAUAGUGAAGAAUGAAGUAUUUUCGCCGGAAAUAGUAGAAGAAAGCAACGAUUGUUCGUGGUGCGGCAAAACGCUGCUCUUUUGUGAAGGCGCAGUGUCGGCUCCAACCGGCGGACGUUACUGCUCCGAUACCUGCUUCGCCCAGUCGCGAAGGGCAUCAUUCAAACGGGCAAAAAUAUGCGACUGGUGUCGACACAUACGGCACACGGUCUCCCAAGAAGAUUACCAGGGUGCAACAUCUGGGUUACAGUUCUGUUCCGACAAAUGUUUGAAUCAAUACAAAAUGCACGUUUUUUGUCGAGAAACACAAACUCAACUAGAACAACAUCCACAUCUUCGAGCAUCCUUAGAACAGACAGCAAGUGCAGCCGCUGGAUCGAAGUCAAAAGAAGGUUUGAUAACACCAGAGUUAUGGAUGCAUGAUUGCCGGGACAAUUCAUUAUCACCAUCUACUGAUGAGACUGCAAACCAGACAACAUCGCCCAACAACCAUCAGAAUCAAAAUUUUGAGCAUCUUAUAGACCAACACACAAGUCCGACGUUGUUUCAAAUAUCAGACACAAGAGGUUUAGCAAGUCUACAGCCAGUUUCAUUAACUCCACCAGAAGUACCGAGAACAUAUAAUAAAACCCGCGAAAACAAACGCAAAAAAUUCUUUGCAAACAAUAACAUUCCUUUAAGCGAUGCCAAUUUAAGAAGCAAGACUCCCGCACCUGCUAGUGUAAUUUCUUCUGGUGUUAAUAUAAUGAACUCCACACCUGCUAGUUCUGGAUCAAGUCCCAAUUCAACAGCUCAUUUCAGAAGUACAACACCAACGCCGUAUUCGAUGAGACGAACAGCAACAACUCCAACGCCUGCUUCAAGUGGGACGAAUUGCAUUCCUUUUAAUAAUCCUGGAUCUCAAAUUCCGCCUGCUCAUAAUUUAAAAACUGUGAGACAGCAGCAUGCACAACGGCGUCCUCAGAUGCGCCCAAGGUAUGGCAUGCAACAGCCAAUAGUAGGGCCUCCACCAGUUACAGUAUUAGUACCUUAUCCAGUGGUAAUGCCAGUUCCAAUGCCAAUACCAAUACCAAUACCUCUUCCAUUUGCUGAAUUUGUAAAAGCGUACAACCGACAACCCCGCAUGUAUUCCGUCCCAACAACGAAUGCUGAAGUUGAAAAUUUGUCAGCAAAUGCGACGCAAGUUGGACCCUUAGACUGCUCGGUAAAAAGGAACCAAUCCAACUUACCAAAUGAAACUAUGCCAAAUGCAUUUUAUUCCAAUGAUACUACGCCCGUAAAUAAAUUCAAUGGAGAGAACCAAGUAUUCAACGAAUCAGCUAAGCUUUUACAGAAAAAGGCACGCAGACGGAGGAGGCCUAUUAAACAACCAACAGAUUAG